AUGGCGCCUCACGGCGAACACAGUAGCGGCACCGGCAGCCCCGGCGGUCACGACAUGGGCAUGAUGGUCAUUUUCCAGAACCUAAUGCAGACGUCGCUCUUCUCAGAAACCUGGACCCCGACCAGCACAGGCACCUACGCGGCGACUUGCAUCUUCCUCAUCUGUCUCGCCGCAUUCCUCCGCUUCCUGCUCGCCGGCAAGGCCAUACUCGAGCAACGCUGGCUCGACCGCGAGUGGCGCCGCCGCUACGUGGUCGUCGCCGACAAGUCCACCCUCGCCGAAAAGCUCUCCUCCGACAGCCUCGCGAAGCCCAUGGUCCUCUCCGAGAACGGUCGCGAGGAGAAUGUCACCGUCGUGGAGAGGAGGACAGGCGUUGUCCGUCCCUGGCGGCUUUCCGUCGAUCCUGUCCGCGCCCUCCUUGACACGGUUAUUGCCGGCGUUGGCUAUCUUCUAAUGUUGGCCGUCAUGAGCAUGAAUGUGGGCUAUUUCCUUUCGGUUCUGGGCGGAGUAUUCCUCGGCAGCCUUGCCGUUGGGCGAUUCAUACAAUCCGGCGCGCACUAG